AAUUAAUUUAGUCUUACACGACUAUAAUGUCAACUACGCCAUCCCAUUGGUUUGGUAUUACUAUACGAAGACAUGGAUAAAAAGGAACGCAAUAAAACCAAAAACAGGAAAGCACCAACAAAACCUAGAUCUGGUAAAAAGAGGACAACUGAAGGUCCAUCAUGUUCGAUGUUCCUCGUCGAUUUAUCCAGAAAAUUAGCACAAAAGAAGAAAGAGGAGGAGGAAGCUCCUAUAAAUAUCGUGGGCAGUAUUCUCAACAGCUUAACCAACGCGUUACCGGUCGUUGUCCGCAACGGAUCACCAGUCAGAAACCAGUCUCCAGUUAAAAUAGAAACUUUGCAGUCAAUCGCCCCAGAACUUCAAUUGAACGAUAUCUUAGAAUUAGUAACUAAAAAUACUGAGAACACCGAAGUACCCAAGGAAUCGAAAGAAGUCAAGAAAAAGUUCAAGAUGCCAAAAAUGCCGGUGAUAACCAGUGAGGUGUUUAAGCACAAAGUUUUAGUGCCAACUGAAGACGUGGCUGUUAAUACCAGUAGUAAUCAUGAUAUGGCCUCCAGUUUAGCGAAAUACGUUGACACUCUGAAGAAGAUAUCACUUAUUGCUGAGGAGUUUAAUCAAAAGACAGCUAAAAACCUGAAAGAAAUCGUAGACAACGUACAAGAAGACCUACAACUGAAGCUAGAAGAACUAGUACAAGAGCAAAAACUCGCUAAAAGAGUAGACCAACCCAUGCAGGUCGUACAAGAAGAUAUUGAGCAAGCAGGAACCUCUUAAGAAGAAUCAUUGACAUGUAACAUUCACUGUCAAAAUUAGAUGUCAACAUGUAAAACAUUAAAAAUUACGAUGAGAAAAA